AUGUAUGGCGACUUUGAGGCACAGAGGCAUUGGAUGGAACUUACCAUUCACCUUCCUAUCAGCGAGUGGUAUUGGUAUGAUCUGCAAUGGUGGGGGUUGGAUUAUCCACCCUUGACGGCGUAUCAUAGUUGGUUAUGCGGUAAAAUUGGAUCUUUAGUCAACCCAUCCUGGUUCUCCCUUCUCACCUCCCGCGGUCACGAAUCUUACAACCACAAAGUCUUCAUGCGAGCAACCGUUGCCGUUUCCGAUUAUCUGAUUUACAUACCCGCGCUCGUGAUAUUUACAAAAUGGUGUUCCCGAGCCACGGGGACGGAUAAAUACGAUCGAAUAAUUGCGUUAUCCAUACUCCUUUCUUCGCCUGGGUUGAUAAUAAUUGACUAUGGACAUUUCCAAUACAACAGUGUGAUGCUCGGGUUGUGCAUCUUUGCGUUCGCAAGCUUUUUGGCGGAUAGGUUGUUAUGGGGCAGUCUUUUGUUUGUGAUGGGGUUGGGGUUUAAACAGAUGGGACUUUAUUAUGCUCCUGCUGUUUUUGCUUAUCUUGCCGGGUUGUGUGUUAGCUUUGGUGGUGCUAAUACUCGAGGUGAUGGCGGGAAUAGGAGUGGGAAUGGGAUUAAUAUUGGUGGAUUGUUAAAGGUUGAUAUUCAAACGCUGGCAUUGUUGGGUAUUACCGUUAUCUCGACGUUUGGGAUAAUGGUCGCCCCGUUCGCCAUUUUCCACGGUCCGGACCGAACUGGAUUAGAACAACUGGGACAAAUGGUACACCGAGUAUUCCCAUUCGCCCGUGGACUCUGGGAAGAUAAAGUCGCAAACUUCUGGUGUGCAACCAACAUCGUAUUUAAAUACCGAGAACGACUAUCGACACCGGCUUUACAAAAGAUAUCAUUGCUUAUGACGAUACUUGCUAUAUUACCGCCUUGCUUGUUAUUAUUUUUGAGGCCGAAGAAGAGGUUGUUACCUUGGGGUGUGGCGGGGUGCGCUUGGGGGUUCUUUUUGUUCAGUUUUCAGGUUCAUGAGAAGAGUGUGCUUUUGCCCAUGGUGGCGAUGAAUUUGGUCGUUGCUGGGGGGUUGGAUAGGGAUUUGUUGAGUUGGAUUGGGUGGGCUAAUAAUGUGGCAAUGUUUUCGAUGUGGCCGUUAUUGAAGCGUGAGGGGUUGGGAUUACAGUAUACAGUUCUGACGGCGCUAUGGUCGUGGUUACUAUCGCUCCAUGAGCUACCAACAUCGAUAUAUGCGAAGAUAUUGCAUUCAGGGGUGUACGCUGGUGCUAUUGGAUUACAUAUCGCGGAACUUACGGUUACGGAAGGCAUUGUUGAAAGGUUUCCGGAUAUUUGGGUGGUGGGGAAUGUGGUAUUGUGCUUUGGAGCGUUUGGGAGUAUGUAUAUUUGGGUGCUGUAUAGGAUGGCAGAGGAGGCGGGGUUAUUAGAUGAGUAUUCUGUUGGGGGUGGAGGGGAAGAGGAGAAGGAGAGGUUGAAGAAGGUAGAGUGA